AUGUCUCACAUUACUAGCAAGCAAGUCGUCGAACUUGAAAACACCUAUGGUGCUCACAAUUACCAUCCUCUUCCUGUCGUAUUUUCAAAGGCAAAGGGCAUCUGGGUCUGGGACCCUGAAGGUCGCAAAUACAUGGACUUCCUCUCGGCCUAUUCAGCCGUAAACCAAGGUCACUGCCACCCAAAGAUCAUCAAGGCCCUGUGCGAUCAAGCCCAGAACCUGACCUUAUCUUCCCGUGCAUUCUACAACGACAUAUUUGGAACCUACGCCAAGUAUGUGACAACCUACUUUGGUUACGACAUGGUCUUGCCAAUGAACACCGGUGCAGAGGCUGUCGAGACCGCCAUCAAGCUAGCACGGCGCUGGGGUUACGUCAAAAAGGGAAUCCCAGAGAACGAGGCGGUCGUGUUGAGUUGCGAAGACAACUUCCACGGAAGAACUACUGGUAUCAUCAGCAUGAGCACCGAUCCAGAGAGUUACAAUAACUUUGGUCCUUAUCUUCCCCUGGUCGGUCCCAUCUGUCCAAAAACCGGCACAAAGAUCCGUUACAACCACGCCGAAGAUCUCGAGACUGUUCUUGAGGCCAAUGGCAAGAAUGUAGCUGCUUUUUUGGUUGAACCAAUUCAGGGCGAAGCUGGUAUUAUGGUCCCUGAUGAAGGUUAUCUCAAAAAGUGUCAAGAACUCUGCAAAAAACACAACGUUCUCUUUAUCGCCGAUGAGAUCCAGACUGGUCUGGCUCGUACCGGAAAGAUGCUUUGCACAGAACACGAUAAUGUACGGGCUGACAUUGUUCUCCUCGGAAAGGCAUUGUCGGGCGGUGUUUAUCCUGUCUCAGCUGUGCUAGCGGAUCGUGAUGUAAUGUUGACAAUCAAGCCAGGAGAACAUGGAUCAACCUAUGGUGGCAACCCUCUUGGAUGUGCUGUCUCUAUUGCUGCAUUAGAGGUCAUCAAAGAAGAAGAUCUGGUCAACAAGUCGGAGCGUUUAGGAAAGAAGUUUAGAAAGGCAUUGGAAGACAUCAAGAGUCCAUUGGUCAAAACAGUACGUGGUCGUGGCCUUUUGAAUGCAAUUGUAUUGGAUGAGUCAAAGUGCGCUAGAUCAGGAUGGGAACUAUGCCUGUUAUUGAAGUCUCGAGGUCUUUUGGCCAAACCUACACACGUCAACAUCAUCCGUCUUGCCCCUCCUCUUUGCAUUACCGAAGAAGAGCUCUUGAAGGGUGCUGAGAUCAUUGGCCAGGCUCUCAAGGAUAUUGCUACCAUGAAGGCUGAAGAUAUUCCCAAUGAACUUGGACAUUAAAUACAUUACAAAGCACAAAGCACAAACACACACGCACAUGUAUAUAUAUAUAUAUAAAUAUAAAGAUACAUAUGUGUUUAUGUAUGUACAGAUACUCAAGGCCAAUCUUUAACCCCCCUUUUUCCCCUCAUCCCCCUCUUCCUUAUCUACCUUGCUCUUCACCAUCCCUUUCUUCCUUUUCUUUAGCAUAUACAAAUUAAAUACAAGCAAAAAUUUGCGUACAUAUAUAAAGAGAGUUCCUUUCUCUCUCUUUUUUAUUCAGAUUUGUUAAAGUAAACUAAUCAUAGCAAUAACAAGUAAUAUUUUCAAAUCUGC